AUGCCAAGAGAAGACCGUAAAAAGAUCCACCAAUACUUGUUCCAAGAGGGUGUUGUUGUCGCCAAGAAAGAUUUCAACCAACCAAAACACGAUGAAAUCGACACCAAGAACUUGUACGUCAUCAAAGCCUUGCAAAGUUUGACCUCAAGAGGUUACGUCAAGACCCAAUUUUCAUGGCAAUACUACUAUUACACCUUGACUGAUGAAGGUGUUGAAUACUUGAGAAACGAAUUGAACAUUCCAGAAGGUAUCUUGCCAUUGACCAGAUUGAAGAAUGCUCCAGCUGAGAGACCAAGACCAGCCAGAGGUGGUGCUCCAAGAAGAGGUGCUUUCAGAGGUAGAGGUAGAGAUUAA